GCGCUGCCGGUGUGCUGAGGCGCUGGUGUGGCCUCCCCUCCCCGGCCCGUUGGCGGCUCUCUGUCCCUCGCCCCUCAGCAGGAGGUGGGCCGGCGGCGCCUGACAGCCUGCGGCUGCUGCCUGUCAAAGGCACUUCCUUGCAGCGAGCACAUCCUGCGGCGGCCGGGCGGCGAAAUCUUCUGUUCCUUAAUCAAAGAACCAUACAGAAGUCAUUCCAUGGAACUGAAAUAUUGAUGAAUUAGUCCAGGUUCCGUAAAGGACUGUAAAAUGGAGCCAAUUACAUUCAAAGUUAAGAAGCACCAAAUAUCAAAUGAUUUCUCAGCAAGUUUCAGUCUCCAGCUUGUUGGUUCUCUGCCAGUGCAUUCCCUAACCACCAUGUCAAUGCUGCCUUGGAUUGUGGCAGAGAUCCGGAUGCUCAGUGCAAAGGCUUCCAAAGAAGAACCUAGCAUCAGCCAAAUCCGACUGUAUGUUUCACCAGAGAGUUUACGAUGUGAACCAGACACUGGGAAAAACCAGCAGUGGGACCCUUUGAAUUAUUCAGGUUUGUUUGAACACAAGCCGCAGCAUGUCCACAAACUGAUACACAACAGCCACGAUCCAAGCUACUUUGCUUGUCUGAUAAAGGAUGGAGCAGCAAAUCAUCAAAGUAUCUGCUAUGUAUUUAAAGCUGAUGAUCAGACAAAAGUGCCUGAGAUCAUAAGUUCUAUUCGACAAGCUGGAAAAAUUGCUCGUCAGGAAGAGUUUCAGAGUAAUCUCUCAGAUGUUGAAGACCCUUUUGCCAAAAAGUUUGAGGUGCUGUUCUGUGGACGGGUGACAGUAGCACAUAAAAAUGCACCUCCAGCACUCAUAGAUGAAUGCAUUGAGAAAUUUAAUCGUGCAAGUUGUACAAAACAAUCAGAUUGCAACUCCUCAUCUCAACAACAUGAAACUGCCAAUAACUUUGGAGGCUUCUCUUUCAGCGACAAAUUUCGGUCUGUUUUCCAGCCCUUGGUCAGUGAAGAAGAGGAGAAAAGGCCAAUUAGGAAGUCCUUUUCCCAGCCUGGGCUGCGUUCCUUUGCUUUUAAGAAGGAUUUGCAAGAGGGAAGCCAAAGGAGUAGCAGCUUUGUCAAGUCUUUCGAAGAAGAUGCCAUUUCACUGAACCUAAAAAGUCAACUCAUCUAUGGACACAGUGUUGUGCAGCCAACAGACAUUGCAGAAAACCGGACAAUGUUGUUUACGAUUGGCCAGUCUGAAGUUUACCUUAUCAGUCCUGACACAAAAAAAGUAGCAAUUGAAAAAAGCUUUAAAGAAAUAUCCUUUUGUUCUCAGGGAAUUAGACAUGUGGAUCACUUUGGGUUUAUCUGCAGAGAAUCUUCAGAAAACGGAGGCUUCCACUUUGUUUGCUAUGUGUUUCAAUGUACAGAUGAAGCACUGGUUGAUGAAAUCAUGAUGACAUUGAAACAGGCUUUCACCGUAGCUGCUGUGCAACAGACUUCCAGGGCACAGCCCCAGCUCUGUGAAGGAUGUCCUAUGCAAAGCUUGCAUAAACUCUGUGAAAAGAUAGAAGGGUUACACCCUUCUAAGACUAAAUUAGAGCUACAAAAGCAUCUAACAACACUAAAUAACCAGGAGCAGGCCUCUGUUUUUGAAGAGGUUAAGAAAUUAAGACCAAGGAAUGAUCAAAAAGAGAAUGAGUUGGUUAUCUCUGUUUUGAGAAACAUGUAUGAAGAAAAACAGAAGGACCAUAUCCAUGUUGGAGAAGCAAAACAGACUUCACAACCCCCUACUGAGAAUGCUGUAAAUGAAGUGCCCAGCAGUACUUCGAGAUUCAGAUUAGAUAUGUUAAAGAACAAAGCAAAAAGAUCCCUGACAGAAUCAUUUGAAAGCAUUUUGUCACGUGGCAGUAAAGCCAGAGGUCCGCUGGAUAGUGCUGGUGCUGUGGAUUUGGACAGUUCUAUAUCCAGUUCUUUAAACAGCACACGUAAAGAAGCACCAUUGUGUGAAAAGGAUAAAGACAGACUUCCUGCGCUUCCUACAGAAAACACUGUCAAGACCAGUGGAUCAGUGGGUGAUCUCUCCAGUGAUGCAGAUGAUUCCCCAGUUGAGCAGUUACCUCAGCAAAGCUUUCGGAGGCGGGCAAACACGCUGAGUCAUUUGCCAACAGAAAGCCAGGAAUCUCUGGUACCUGUUGAAACAUCGCCGUCUGUUCCCCAGAGGAAACUUAUGAGGUAUCACUCAGUGAGCACAGAGACUCCUCACAAAAGAAAUUCUUCUGGUCAACUUGCACGUUCUCCUACUCUAACUCGUCUUAAUCCUUCGGCCUCUUCACCCAACUUCUUUAAAUACCUAAGGCAUAAUUCAAGCGGAGAACAAAGUGGGCAUUUUGCGCAGAAGAGCAUCUCCUACCGUACUGCCUUAAGGAAAAAGCUUCAUUCUUCCUCUUCUGUGCCAAAUUUCUUAAAAUUUCUGGCUCCUGUAGAUGAAAAUAACACCUCUGACUUUAGGAGCACAAGUGACUAUGAAUCUAAACACAGCCAGCAGGCCAUUGGUGAGGACAGCCCUGUAAGGACACGACGGCAUUCAUGGAGGCAACAGAUAUUCCUGCGAGUGGCAACCCCUCAGAAAGCAUGUGAUUCUCCCAGUCGAUAUGAUGAUUACUCCGAACUUGGAGAGCUUCCACCCAGAUCCCCAUUGGAACCAGUGUGUGAAGAUGGCCCCUUUGGGCCAGUGAAAGAAGAAAGGAAACGGACACCCCGUGAGCUUCGCGAGUUGUGGAAGAAAGCUAUUAUUCAGCAGAUACUUCUUCUUAGAAUGGAGAAAGAAAACCAGAAGUUACAAGCUUCAGAAAACAAUUUGCAGAACAGACGUCUGAAACUUGACUAUGAAGAAAUCACACCAUGCUUAAAAGAGGUAACUUUGAUUUGGGAAAAAAUGCUGAGUACACCUGGAAGGUCAAAGAUUAAAUUUGACGUGGAAAAAAUACACUCUGCUGUUGGGCAAGGAGUGCCACGUCACCACCGUGGGGAGAUCUGGAAGUUUCUAGCAGAGCAAUACCAUCUUAAACAUCAGUUUCCCAGUAAACAACAACCGAAGGACACACCUUAUAAAGAGCUCCUAAAACAACUAACUUCUCAACAACAUGCAAUACUUAUUGACCUAGGACGCACAUUUCCAACACAUCCGUACUUCUCAGCACAGCUGGGAGCUGGGCAGCUGUCACUCUACAAUAUUUUGAAGGCCUAUUCACUUCUGGACCAGGAAGUAGGAUAUUGCCAGGGCCUUAGUUUUGUAGCAGGAGUCCUAUUACUUCAUAUGAGUGAAGAAGAUGCUUUUAAAAUGCUGAAGUUUCUCAUGUUUGAUGUGGGCCUGAGAAAACAGUAUCGUCCUGACAUGACAAUUUUACAGAUCCAGAUGUAUCAACUGUCUCGACUUCUUCAUGACUACCAUCGAGAUCUCUAUAACCACCUAGAGGAACAUGAGAUUGGCCCCAGCCUCUAUGCUGCUCCCUGGUUUCUCACCAUGUUUGCCUCCCAGUUUCCCCUUGGAUUUGUAGCCAGAGUGUUUGAUAUGCUCUUUCUUCAAGGAUCAGAGGCUAUAUUUAAAGUGGCUUUAAGCCUUUUAGGAAGCCACAAGCCGUUGAUUCUGCAGCAUGAGAACCUAGAAACUAUUGUUGAUUUUAUUAAAAGCACUCUCCCCAACUUGGGUUUGGUACAGAUGGAAAAGACCAUUAGUCAGGUGUUUGAAAUGGAUAUUGCCAAGCAGUUGCAAGCUUAUGAAGUUGAGUAUCAUGUGCUUCAGGAUGAGCUUAUAGAUUCUUCUUUAAAUGACAACCAGAGACUGGAUAAAUUAGAAAAAGCGAACAGUAGCUUGCGCAAACAAAACUUUGAUCUCCUGGAAGAACUGCAGGUGGCCAAUGGAAAGAUCCAAAACCUUGAAGCCACAGUAGAGCUUUUAUUGACCAGUGAAGGCAAAUUGAAGCAGUCCAUUCUCAUGCUUGAACAGGAGCGAGCAGCUUUGUUGAAAACAGUGGAAGAGAUGCAGAAAAAGAUUGGUGAUACAGACGGGAAGCCUCUGCUUAGUAGACAAGGACAUAUGGUUGCUGACUGACAUUCACAGUAGUAAUGGAGCAGAGAAGCUGAGCAAGAAACAAAGGGAAGAACUGGGUCUUUCUGUCAUGAUCCGUGGGGAUUUGACAUUAUCAUUUUCAUUGUACAUGCCUUACUCUGUAGCAAAGCAAGGUAUAGGCAUGGUGGCUUCCUGUACCAGAGAAGCUGGUUUCUCAUGGAGAAGGCUCGCUCUUAGUAUGCAGAAAUACAGAAAGAUACCACGUAAUAAUAAGCAGGAGAAGCUUAAUAGCACGUGCAGUCAUACACAAUAUGCUGUAAAGAUGUUAUGGACUUUUCCAUAAGUGCUUUUAAACCUAAGUGCUUUGUGUUUGUCACAGAUUUUGUUUGUGUGUAGAUCACCACCAUUGUUAAAUGCGCACCCUUUAGAAGGCCCAUUGAAGAAAUAUGGCAAUGUAAAGCCUUUGAAUGAAUGACUGCCCCAUUGCAGCUAUGCAGCGGUAACAUUUACAGUUUUGUGAUUGGACUGGAGAUACUUUUGACAGUGUAAUUCCCCUACAGCUUGACUGGGUUCUGUUAAUUAUGCUGUUUGCGCUUCAGAAAACUGCUUCCUGAUGCUUGAAGGUGCCAAUCCAUUGGACUUCAGAGAGCUGGAUUUCAUCAUAUAUAACUAUGCAUAAGUGGAGAGCUGCCAUCUGUUUUCACAUUGGUUUAGUAUAUUUUUUGUUUAUCAACCAUUAAUUUAGUAUGUUGUUAGUUGGCAUUAUCUGAUAAACAUACUGUAUAUAGUAACUGUAUUAUGCUUAAAAAAUACACUGACAUUGGUUUGGUGAAGCCUGUGACUUUUGCGACAUCAUCCAAGGAUUUAUAUUCAUACUCUACAAAUUUCAUCUUAUUUAUUUCUGAUCUGAAAUGUGAUGUAGGACAACCUUUUCCUGGGAAACUAAUGCCCACUGUCAUGUUGUUUUUUCCUUUAUUCAGGCAUUUCAAGAGCUUCACAUUGUGCUAGAUGUGCUUAAACUGUUUUAUAAAGAGUAUGGCAUUCUUUUUACAAUGCAUCUUUCAAGUAAGAUUACACAUGUAGAAACAAAUAUUUCUCACUUUCUUUAAUACAAUGAAAGUAGUUUUCAGGCCAGUUAAAGUACCACUGCUACAAGUGUAGUAAUACCCAUGGAUAUCCAUUUGUUUGGGUUUGCUUCAGAAUCGGGAACAGUGUCAUAGUUUUGUCCAGUCCCCAAGUGCAGAGGUAAUAGGCGUCAGUGUUUUGUUAUGGUGGAGAUUGAUUCAGGAGAUUGGGGGGGGGGGGGUGUGUGUAUUUUUUUCUGUCUUUAUUUUUAAAUUUUCAAAGCACACAGUGUUUCCUCUGACUGGCAGUGCACAAGAGGUUUUGGUUUACUUUUUCCUUUUCUCAUGCAAACCCGCCUGACACAUUGUGGUUGUAGUUUAAUAGCAGACCUGUAACAUUCAUCUACAGUGCAGAGCGAAUACCUCUAUGUAGGUCAAAAAGAAAAAAAGAUCAUUUACUCUUCAAUUUCUAGAAGCUUUAUUUGACUCUGUUGUGUCUUAAAUAUGUCUGGUUCUUGCAAAUCCACCCUGUAUUCACUUAGUAUGGAAAUUCCAGAUAAAUCAGUUAUUAUUAAUCUA